AUGAGUGCAGAUGCUUUUUCACUUAACAAGGGCAGAUACAAGGUCAUCGAGGUGCUGUGCAUAUCCAAGUCACUGCUUUCAUUGAAGACAGAAAUAGAAAUUCCCAAGAGCAUGCACAAAGCAUUGGUUCAGAGCGAAUCUGGAUAUAAAAUUGUUUAUUUCAUCGAUCCAAUAGACUUUGGUGCAGGAAGCAGAAUACUUCUUAAGGAAAAAGUGAAUUCCCUGCUGCUCAGGAACAUUGACUACGUAAUAACAUAUAGAAAGAAUUAUAGAACAAACACUGCACUGGUCGAAAAAUUGCUCCUCAAAAAUACUGAAAAUACGCGUUGGGUUAAGCCAUGA